CCGCCGGCGUGUGCCAGGUCACGCCCCCGCACGGGCCCGCUGACGGCCGGGACGGCGGGGCUCGGCGCGGUGGGGGGCUGCGGGACCGCGCGAGGGUGGGCUCCGCGCGUGGCUUUCCUCCGGAAGCCUGGGCUCAGCUCUGAAUCGCAGGAGCCGGCCCGGAGUCUCAGGCAGAAGGUGGAACGGCUGACGUGGGCGCGUCUCGGUGGCUGUGGACCGGUUUGGCCCGGCUGUGGAGAGCCCGGCGUUCCUCCUUGGAGCCCCCUUCUCCCAGAAAACUUUACCCGAAGUGAGAGAGGGUGGACGCCAGUUCACCAUUUAGGGCAUCUAAGAAUAAUGCUAUAAUAAACAUUCUUCUACCUGGACCUUAAUGUAAAGAUACUGGCGUUUCCAAGACACCAAGAUACAAGAUAUAUAUGUAUGCUUUGGAGUCCUAGGAGAAUUGUGGAUUCAAAGACGUGUAAUGGCCAAAUACUACAGUGAAGUUCAAAGUUUGCAGCAGGAUGACUCAGUUAUAGAAGGCGUAAGUGACCAAGUACUUGUGGCAGUGGUGGUCAGCUUUGCUUUGAUCGCUACUCUCCUGUAUGCACUUCUCAGAAAUGUACAGCAGAACAUUCAUCCAGAAAACCAAGAGCUAGUCAGAGUGCUUCGAGAACAACUGCAAACAGAACAGGAUGUCCCUGCUCCUGCUCGGCAGCAGUUCUACACUGAAAUGUACUGUCCAAUCUGCUUACAUCAAGCCUCCUUUCCCGUUGAAACAAACUGUGGACAUCUCUUUUGUGGUUCCUGCAUAAUUGCAUACUGGCGAUACGGGUCCUGGCUCGGUGCAAUCAGUUGUCCUAUCUGUAGACAAACGGUAACUCUACUCCUAACAGUAUUUGGUGAAGAUGAUCAAUCUCAGGAUGUUGUAAGAUUGCGUCAAGAUGUUAAUGAUUAUAACCGGAGAUUCUCAGGGCAGCCUAGAUCUAUUAUGGAAAGAAUCCUGGAUCUCCCCACCUUGCUGAGACACGCGUUCAGGGAAGUGUUUUCAGUUGGGGGUCUCUUCUGGAUGUUCCGCAUUAGGAUAAUGCUCUGUUUGAUGGGAGCUUUUUUCUAUCUAAUAUCACCUCUAGAUUUUGUACCUGAAGCCUUGUUUGGAAUUCUGGGCUUUCUAGAUGAUUUCUUUGUUAUCUUUUUGUUGCUUAUUUACAUCUCUAUUAUGUAUCGAGAAGUGAUAACCCAAAGACUAACUAGAUGAAAAACAUUAGUUUACUAGAAUAUCUGAGCUUAUAUAUAAAAUCAAACAAAAGGAUCCACGGCAGUAUCAAUCACCCAAAUAUUAUUUUACAUGCUUAAAACAUUUGGUUAUCAUUUGAUAAAUGCCUAAGAAUAUACAACUGGAACAGUGACAUACCACAGCUUCUAAUGCUGACAUCAGAUGUACAGUGAUCUACAGGUUGAUCUCGAUUCUGUGUUGUCUGUAAAAACAUAUGAAACCAAUUGAAAAGGGAUACUUUGUUGUUUUCUUUUUCUGCACAUUAUUUAGCUUAGAUACAUAGUUCAGUAUUGCUGAAUGUAAAUUCAUCAUCCUCAGUGGGUACCCAUACAAUAAUAGAGAACUUUGAAACUUACCUAAAUAUUUUUGUUAAAGUUAACUACUGUCUGAUACUUAGGGAAAGGUCAGUGCUCAGUGUGCUCAGCUCUGGGCCUGGAGCAGCUCUGCUGUUUCAUUUUUGUAUAAUUCUUUGUGAUCAACUGAAAGUGAAAGAAACUUGAACUUCCUGACUUGACCUCAUCUUCGUUCUCUAAAACACUUUAAUCAACAGAAGGAUUAACAAAGUGAAAAAUAUGCAUCUCCUGGAGGCACUUUUGGAAUUCAGUUAUGACAUUCAACCAAGAGUUUGGACUUUUAUAGAAACACGUAUAAAAGUAGCUUAUAGCCAGCUAUGGCGGCUUUACACUUGUACUUUCUGCAUUCGGGAAGCUGAGGUAGAAGAUUGCCACAAGUUGAGGUCUGCCUAAACUAUAUAGUGAGUUCCCGGAAGCUUGAGCUAAAGAGUGAGAUCCUACUUAAACCUAAAGCAUGGGUAAAGGUGCUUGCCGCCAAGCUGACAACCUGGGAUUGAAUCCUGGGCCUCACGUAAUGGAAGUACAGAACAGAUUCUGCAAGCUGUCCUCUGACCUUCACAUGUGCAUUGUGGCCCAUGAGUGUACACACACACACACACACACACACACACACACACACACGAGUUAAUAAAAUGCAAUGAAAAAGAAAACAAAAGUAGCUUGUAAAGGGAAAUUAUUUUGUUCUAGGAACCUAAGUAUAAGUAACCUUGCAAACAAGUAGUAGUUGGUCCCAUUUUAAGGAAACAGGCUGUUCAUUUCUAUUGGCAUGAGUCAGGACCUUUAGGAAGGUACUAAAAACAGUAUUUAGUUUUACAAACUAUGAGUUUAACUCUUGUAGCAAAAUGAAGAUAUUUGAUUAGUUGUUGUUACCCUGAGAAUGCAAAAAUAUUAUCUUGUAGAUGGCAAUAUUUGGCUCAGAUUCAUCAUGUCUUGGGCAGAAUGAGGAAAUGUGUACAAGAUGCCUAAAUAGUGAGGUUCAUACUGUUUUUGUUGUUUUUGAUGGCCAUGACAUGGGGACGUAAGGUCUGUGUUUUGUUUGAGUAGAGUGAGUACCGUAACUGAGACACUCCCUCCAGCUGGGCUGCUUAUUCCUGAGCAGGCAGCUGGAGUGUGAGGUGACACCAAGACCCUUUGUCAUCUGAUGUUAUCAUUGACUUCUUAGUCAGCCUCAGUGUGUGUAUGUAGGGACAUAAUGCUAAAAUCUGUCACAUUCCCAGAAAAUCAGAUUAGCUGCCAAAUAAUGAGAUUCUGAAUGAAAUGUCAAUUUGUUUUCUAAUCUAGGCUUAAAACAAAGAUGUUGUCUGCUAUCAAAAAACCAACAAUGUAAAGCAAAAACCAGUUCUCAUAUAUAAUAUGAUCAAUGCAAUUUCUCAUAAUUUUUCUUUUAUCCUUUGAAAAUUUUGUAAGGAAGGUAGAGUAUCAUCAGCUUCCUGUUUCAGAGAUGAAACCUUCAUCCUAUGGAUGAAAGAUUUUUGUUUUCCUAACAUAAUGGAACUAGUGAUAUUUAGGUAGACAUGAAAGCUAGUCUGAGGAGAAGCAGGAGGGAACUGGAAUUCUCUGGAGUCAGGUUUUCAUAACACAUUAUUCCUUCACUGGAACAGUUUUGGUGCUUCUAAGCUAAAGCUCCAGGAAGAAGAAUCGUCACAGACUUUAUCAAUCUCGAGUAUAUGUAAGAGUGAAGUAAGAGUGGCAUGCACCAUAGAAAACUGCCACCACUCAUCACCAACCUAGAAAGCUAUUGAGUAGGGGAGCUUGUUACCAGCCUGGGAAAACAUUUUCCACCUUUUAAAAAUGCAGUGUGGACUAUAGCUAUCAUUUACUGAAAUGAUUUUAUUUUCUGUGCAUGUGUUCUGCUCCAAAUGCCAUACUUCUGUAGUAUUUGAACUUACUCUAAUACUCUGAGAAGAGGUGUACUGUACAAAAUUUUGUAACAUACAAAACCACUAUAUGGCUAAAGUCUUACUAAACCAAAAAGGGAACACCAAGGUAUCUGAGAAUUUUACACCUACUAUUCCCUCAUCUUUACUGAUCAUUAAUGAUAAAUGCAAAGGCAAUUUGAUAAAGUAUUCAAAGCAAGGAGGGUCAGUCAAUCAGUGUUUUAAACAUCAUAGUAAUACUGUGUAUUCAGAGGUCAUAUAAAUCAAAGCAACAAUUUUUUUUUUUUACACAAAACAUAGUAACUGUCACAAAAGCAAUGGUACAAGCCCAGGAACAAAAUAAUUUGAGCAGCUCUGUGGGGAAUGAGAAAGGUACUGUUCCGUUAACAGCUCACUAGAGUAGGGUUUCUCAGUGUUGGAGGACAGCAGAGUUCCUGAGCCCCAUGGCUGUAAGGAUGCCUACCUCACAGAGUCUGUGCACAGUAGCAGAGACUUCUUGCAAAUUUUGUGAUGUGGAGAGUUUGUUCAGCACUUAUUCUUUGGAAUAAAAAUAGUUUAAAAGUUU